UACCUGGCGUCCAACUACCAGAACGGCUCGGCGCCGCCAAACGCGCGUGAGGGCGAUGCCGCCGGCCAGACCGUCAUACUGAGCACCGUCGGCGGCUCGGACGACGACAGCCAGGUGCCAGACUGCAGCACCAUCUUCAUUGGCAGCGCCGUCGUGGCCGGCAGCGCCGACGGCGGCUGGCAGGCGCUGCCGCAGCUCGUCGGCUUCGAGCUCGACCGCAGUCUGGUCAUCAAUGGCGCAACGCAGCCCCUGUACAUCGAGAACACCAAGGACUACACCAAGAUUAAGCGUGUGAUCAUCGGCCAGCCGGGCAAGCCGCGUGACGCCUGGAAGUACUCGAACCUGUUCCGCAACAGCCUGAUCUGCGCUGUCGCCAACUCCUCAGUGCCAACCACGCUUGCGGAUGUGCUCAUCGCGGCGCCGAUGUGGCUCGAUGAAGAGGACGCGCAGGCUGGUGCUGCACAGUCUACUGACCUCUACUGGAGCAAUGGAGGAUGGAGCGUCGGCAGCCAGAGCCGCGGCCCGAACGGCGCGUCGGUCUCGACCUUUGAGGUGAUGGACCGUCUCAUCGACCGCUUCCUGAACACGACCGAGUUUCCGGCAGUGACGAGCAUCAUCGUUGCCGGGCACUCGCUCGGCGCCUCGUUCGCGCAGCGCUAUGCCAUGCUGCGCAAGCCGACGAGCCAGGACGCCAGCAUCAGCUUCUGGGUCGGCAACCCGGGAGCGUACGUCUGGCCCACGAGCGAGCGUCCGGUGCAGCCGGCCAGCUCGAAUUGCAGCAGCUCCGUCGAUGAGUGGGCGUACGGCAUCGGCGGCAGCCUGCCGGCCUACCGCAUCAGCGACGUGAACCGCAACAAGACGGGCGUGUACCAGGAGUACUUUGGCCGACGCGUGCAGUACGCGCUCGGCCUGGAGGACGACGGCCCGGGCGACACGCACUGCGAGGCGCAGUACCAGGGCUCGUCGCACCUCGAGCGCGGCCAGAACAUGGAGAAGGCUCUCGAUGGCCUGCCCGGCGGCAAGCCGGCGUCGCACACAUUCAACUACGUGCCCAACACAAGCCACGAGGACUACAAGAUGAUGGCCAACGCCGCCAGCCAAGACUACCUCUUUGCGCAG